AUGGGAUCAACAAAGACUGUUCUCCCAGACAAGAAAUUUUCUGGAGAGGAUGAUAUCCGCGAGUUUCUUAGAGAUUUCGAGAUUUACGUGGCCGUAAACGAGUGGUCGGACGAGAAGGCUGGCCAAUUUCUGGCUGUAUUUUUGACUAAUGAUGCACCACCAGCAACAAGAAUCUGUACGGAAGAGUUAUAAAGAACUUUCCGGGGCGUUAAAAGAAAGGUAUGAGGGUGGUCUUGCAUUAUUAAAAUACAAGAAAGUCUUUAAUGGCAGAUGCAGGAAGAGUGGAGAGACAUUGCAUUCCUAUCUAGCAGAGCUGAGAUUAGCACAUGAAAGGGCUUAUAGUCCUCCCACGGUUGACUCCUUGCCUGAAGGAGCAAGUGCAGAGGUCAAAAAGGAAGAUUUAAGCAAGAAGGAGCAUUGGCAUUCUAUAAUAAGAAAAAGAAUGAGGAUGUAUUAUGUCAUUUUAUCAAUGGCCUGGAUAAAGAUCUAAAGGAGGUGUUGAUUCGACAAGAUGACCUUUUGGAAAGGCCAGUGGAAAGUAUUCUGAAGCAAAUUUCCACACUGGAAGAGGAACAGGGAGUUACCAAGAAAGUAUCUGCAGCAAUGGAGAUGCCUGUAUACAAGAGUAAAGAGCAUGGUGACCUAGAGGACAUUGUUCAGAGAACAGUGGAGCAGAAGGUCGAGGAAAUGUUCAAGAAGGCUGCAGUUGUGAAGAAAGGAGGUAAGCGUAUGGGAGGAAGAGUAAGACCUGGACCUGAACCUACUGAUAUCUGUCGGGCUUGUAAAGGACAAGGACGCUGGACUCGAAACUGA